AUGUUUUUAUACGACAAUAGUAUUGACAUUAAAAUACCACGAGAGCACAGGGAUAUCUCACAGCUCAUAGCAGCACAGAACUACCAGUAUAUGUUUGCAGGUGGCACGGACCAAGAUGAGUUUCUUAUUGUAGAUUUAAUGCAGCCCAUACCUGAUGUAGAUUUGCACAUUGAAGAUAUUUUAGGUAUGAAUGAUGUUGAUGGUGCAACUGUUGUAUCAAUUCAGUAUACGUCCACAGAGUUCAAGCGUGGAAUAGAUACUUUUUUGGGCAAGUACAGGUCCUCUGUGCGCCCAGUCGAAGUUAAGAAGCAGCCAGACAUGCUUGACUGGAUGAUCGCCAAAGUGGAUGGGUAUAUAUCCAGGAAUGAUGGAAAAGUGCGUCUUAUGCACAUAUACAUAGGAGUAACUAAGUAUGCUCUGUCUGAUAUAGUUUUGAGUCUCUUCAAGGAAGGGGAUGUUUCAGCAGAAAAAGAAGCUGAGAUACACGAGAUGAUGAGCACCGUAAAAGUCUUAAAUUCAGAUAUUUUCAUCACGCAAUAA